AUAUAUAUCUAUAUGUAUAAAAUGAUUUUGAAAUUUGAACGCAAUAAGGUAGUCCAAGUCAGAACGGAGCACGUGGCCGAUACUGAAACAACGGUCCAGAUCAUGGAGAUAUCAUCAGAUCCAAGGGCCUCAAUUCAUCCAUGUGAACUGACACUUAUCGACUAACAACGGUCCACAAUGUGCCACAUGUUCUCAAGAUAGAGCGUUAUUAACCCUUCUGAUCCAACGGACCCUGCUCAUUACCUCUCAAACAAACACCUCCGUUCCGUUUUACCUUUCCCCAACCAGCCGUCACCACCGUCAUCGCCGGCCACCAUAUCCAGCUCUUCCAAUACACCCACUCCGACUAUAAAAAAAAAUUAUACGAUUCAGUGAUUUCAUUCCUUGAAAGCUUCGUCUCAACAGUGCUUCAAAUUGACGCAUCGUGUCUCAGAUUUGUAACUUCUCAAUCAUUCCGAAUCGAAUUUCAAAUUUCGAAGGAAAAUUCACUGAAUCUCAGUUCUAUAGUAGCUUCUACUACGAACAGUGCUUCAUUUCCACGCAGAACAACCAACUCAAAUCGAUUCGUCACUCGGAUUUCCAACUCCUAGUUCAUUCCGGGAACGAAUUUGAAAGUCCGGGGUAAACGGCACCUAGUACUGAAUUUUACGUCGAUUCUUCGAACCUCGCUGUUCAUCGAUGGCGGACUCCGACAACGACUCCGGCGGCACGCACAACGCCGGCAAGGGCAGCGAGAUGUCGCCGCGGGAGCAGGACCGGUUUCUGCCGAUCGCAAACGUGAGUCGCAUCAUGAAGAAGGCGCUUCCGGCGAACGCAAAGAUCUCGAAGGACGCGAAGGAGACGGUCCAGGAGUGCGUGUCGGAAUUCAUCAGCUUCAUCACCGGCGAGGCCUCCGACAAGUGCCAGCGCGAAAAGCGAAAGACGAUCAACGGCGACGAUCUUCUUUGGGCGAUGACGACUCUGGGCUUCGAAGACUACGUGGAACCUCUGAAGGUCUACCUUCAGCGCUUUAGAGAAAUGGAAGGAGAGAAGACCGUGGCGGCGCGUGACAAAGACGCGCCUCCUGCUUCCAAUGCUACCAACAGUGUCUACGAGAGUGGUAGUUAUGGUGCUGGUGGGAUCAUGAUGCAUCAGGGACACGUGUACGGUUCUGGUGGGUUCCAUCAAGUGGGUGGCAGUGGUGCUGCUAUCAAGGGUGGGCCUGCGUAUCCUGGGCCUGGAUCCAAUGCGAGUCGGCCUAGAUAGAUUACAUGAGUGCCAUGUGGCCCGUUCUAUUUUAAUGUCGUUAUUAUUUUCAUAAUUUAAAAAAACAAAAUAGCAAGAUUCAUAGUGGUUUUUAGUGAAAUUAAUAAUAAUAAUAAUUACUAUUAUUAUUAUAAUAAUGGUGAGAGAGUUGGUUUGUAUUGUGAUUAUAUGUAUAUGACACUGUUCUAUGUUCUAAUGCCAACAAUCUACAACUGA